AUGCUACAACGGCUAAAGGGGAGCCACACCGGAAGCCAAACCUGGAGAGAAACAGAGCAAACACCUCGCCGCCAAGCUCUGAAUAAGGCGACGUGGAGACCUCGUCACCGGCAGAGACAACCACUCACUGCCGGAGACAACCGGAAGAACACAGAGCACCACCGACACACCGCGGAGGAGGAGAGAACCGCAGAUCUGGAAGCACCGGAACCGGAGACCCGUCCUCAAGGACUCCAAGACACACGCCGCCUAGAUCUAACCGGACCCACCCCCACGGAAGACCACCGCCCAUCACCGUCCAUAGCCUCUGAGAAUUGGAAAGCAAGGGUUGGAGGAUCCACCGGAGAUUUGACCGGAGGAGAGCGCCGCGACGCCACACGCCUUCCCGAGUCUAGCCUCCGCGCAGGAACGCCGGAGAACGGUACCACUGUGACUGACAGCGACUCGAAACCGAAGAAAUCGAAGAGGAGAAGGAGAAGCCUCCCCCGGCGGUGA